ACGGUCAUUUCAGUUCAAUUACAAAUGGCGGUAAGUGAACUGUCAAAUAAUGCAAAUAAUUUCAUAAAUCUAUUUAUGACAUGUUAAAAGUGUAAAUAUUUACGAUGAGUGAGUCAGAAAAUCCGAUUUUACAUGUGAUCGUUGUGGGAUUUCAUCACAAAAAAGGAUGUCAGGUCGAAUACUCAUAUCCACCAUUGGUACCGGAAUCACCUAAUGAAUGUCCACCAGGAUGGAAAUAUUUACCUACAUUAGCCUUACCUGAUGGUUCACACAAUUUUGAAAAUGACACGGCUUAUUUUCACCUUUCAAGUUUAACUGAUCCAAGAAAAACUGUUUUUGGUAUAUCUUGUUAUCGGCAAAUUCCCGUGGAGAAAUUAAAAAUAAAAACUGAUGAUAUUACUCGAAGUACUGUACAAAAGGCAGUAUGCGUUUUAAGUACAUUAUCAUUAUACGGACAUAUUCAAGUCAAAAUGUCUUUAAUCACACAUGCAUACUUUGAAGAAGGUGAUUUUAGUAAGGUUACACUACUUGAGGACACCUAUCACCAUCUAAACUCUUGUCUAUCUCAAACUCAAAUACCUUCACAAAUCUUUGUUGGUUUGUCAGCUAGAGAUUUAAUAUUACAAUGGCGUCACAAAGCCGUACUACUUUUUAAGUUACUUUUAUUGGAAAAACGUCUUAUAUUUUACAAAUCUCCAGUGCAACCGUUAUGCUCAACUAUUUUGACAUUACUCUCAUUACAUCCUGGCAUGAUCGAACGUGGACUUGAUCAAUCUGCAUGUGUUAAGCCAUCUAGACCUAUGUCACCGAUACCUGAUUUCGAAGAAUCAGCAGAUGAAGACGGACCUAAUAAGACUAAUCCACAAAAUGAAAUUCAAAACACGAAUCCACAAAAUGAAGUUAAAAAGAUUAACUCACAAACAGAACUAGAAAAAACAAAUUCAAAAUCUGAGAUUGGUGAUAUCAAUACAAAAGCUGAAAUUACAAAAGCAAAUUCAAAAACUGAAAUUGAUAAUUCGAAUAUAAAAACCGAAGUGGAUAAUGUUUCAAUUACUGAACAAAAAGUUGAAUCCAUUUCUCAAAAUGUUACCGCACCUGUUAAUUUAAACCAAAAUAAAAUGCAUUUACCUUCAACGACAAGUAAAUCGAAUAAAGAGGCUUCUUCUUUAGCCGAAAAUAUGUUGCCAAAUAACACUACAGACGCAGAAAAAACCGAUGCGGAAAAAAUGUUUGUUGAAGGGUCUGGUAUUUUAGGAGUACGGGAUGAAAGACCCACUUUACCUCGUGAUACAAGCAUAGAUACACUUGUUGAUGUUACCGCACAAAAUACAAUGACUUCGAUUGCACACAUAAAUGCCGAAGAGUGUGGAGCACCUUUAGAAAUAUUUACGCAUGGUUACUUAUGUUUUCCUUACCUUUCCUUGCCAUAUAUGGAUCUAUUAAGUGAUUGUAAUGUUCGAGGCUAUGUAGUGGGGGCAACAAAUGUUUUAUUCAAACAAAAACGGCAGUUAUCGGAUGUUUUAAUUGAAGUAGAUGGUACUCGUAUUGAAUCAUUGGAUCCCGAACUUAGACGACAAUUACAUUUAACUACGGAGGAUUUAAGAUUUGCCGAUUUUGUCGUAAAACAUGUUUCUGAAGAAAGGCAUGAUGUCUUUUUGGAUGGAGUCGGUUGGGAAGGUGGGGAUGAAUGGAUUCGUUCACAGUUUAGAGUUUAUUUGUUAUGUUUGCUGCGGACAUCACUUUUACAAGAUAAUUCGAGAGAAAUUGAGCAUUUUAAUUCGAGCUUUAUAUCUGCAUGGAAAGAUACGCAUAAUUAUAAAACCUGGAUAAGUGGAGAACAUUCAAACAUUUUAGAAUUAAACCCGGGACAUCCAUUUGCUGGACAACUUUCAGUCGCUGAUAUGAAACUUCGAUUGGCUCAUACGAUGCAGAAUACUGAGAGCGGACGAAAGAUAAAUCAGGCAAUGGUCUCAACUGGUCGAGCAGUUGCCACAACAGGUCGAGCAGUUGGUGGCGCUUUUACACAGGCAAAAGGAGCACUAUCAAAUUGGUGGAGUAAUUUAACUACAGUAAGUCCUGAAAACGAUCAAAUGGUUGACAAUGAACAAAAUAUGGAGAACGAAAAUAAUUUACCUGAACUAGGAGAAGAUGUUGUUUACAAUGAAAAUCAACAAAAUGUUUUACAGGAUGAACAAAUUGAUAUGAAACAAGGUAUUGAAACAAUUGCACAAAAUCAAAGAAUAAUUGAAUCUUCAGAUAUUACAAAAAAAUCUGAAAAUUUUGAGGUAACACAAAAAAAUGAAGUAAAUGUUCAAAAUAAUUUAGAUGAUAAAAAUAGCAGGGUUCAUGACGAAUUAAAGGAUAAUGUAUAUAAACCAGGUGAAAUAAAUACUGUUUAGUUCGAAAAUAUCACAAAUUUGUAACUAUCCAUAUUUUACUUGGUUUAAUAUGUAUUUAUAGGGUAGUUGACUCAAACUCAAACUGUUCCUAAAUUUUUUUAUCAGUAUUUUUAAAAACAGGAAA